AUGUCGUUCAACUCAGACAUAGAUAAGACCAUGGACAACUUGACCCUUGUGGACCGUAGCGAGCCAUCCAGUGAGCCGUCGCAGCGUGGCCACCCCGUGCUGCCCAAGAAGUCGUUGUUGUCGUCGUCGCUAGCAAGCGAGAGGGCUGCCUACGGCUACGCCCAGAACCGCAACUACCACCCCCCAUCCAAGGCCCACUUCUCGCUUGACGGCGGCGACAGGCCGUCCCCAGCAAACAUCGACAUCCAGAAGCACUACACCGACGAUCACCCUGAGCCUGAGCUCCUCGCCAGCUCGGUGGGCAAAGAUAUCAACGGGAGACUAAUCCCGUCCUCCUCCACCAUCUCGCUCUUGUCGUUGAACAACCUUCAGAACGACCUCGACUCCACCCUCAUAGGCUCCACAAAGGACUCCCAGACUCUGUCCAAACUCCAGCAACACUUCCAGCUGUUCCAAACACAACCGGUCAUAAAUCAACCCCAGGCUUUCGUCGAUCGCAAGAACUCUUACAGCGCAAUUCCAAGCCGCAACUCCAUCACCCACUUGAAUCAGAUCAGACUCCAGCCAUACCAAAGAUUUACAUCCCCUCCUCCUGCCGGACCGCAUAUGCAGCAGAUCUCUCCUCAGACCUCGCAAGAAUCACACCACUCCACCUCGCAAAGCAUACCCAUUAAUUCCACAUACAAGGGCAACAUAAUUGUCCCAGAUUCGCCCAACUUGGACCCAACGUCCUUGGGUGGCUCGCCAUCACGUUUCUGGCUAUCAUCACAGACUCCACCCCGUUCCAUGUCUAAUUCGCUAACAAGAAAUUCGAGAUCAUACUUGUACCAAACUCAGAAUAACCAGAACCCAAAUCAGACGGUGCUGCAGCCACAAAUACAGACCCAGACCCCCUCCACACAAGGCCAAGACCACGCAAACAUCAAGAAGAGUAUGUACAUUUCAUUGCAACCCAACGCUGAAAAUUUCAACUACACUACCACCAUAGUGCCGUUGGAUUCUGCAGGCCACGAUUCACCCAACUUGGUGCCUGUGCAGACACCUCUAGAGGACCCCCCGAUGACCCCGUUGUACUUAAAUAAGCUCACACUGGACUCGGGGGAUUCAUACUUCGGAAACUACACGUUUACCGGUACAAACAACGAAUUUGGCGGCAAGGAUAUCACCAGCGUGGCGACUUUAAUCGAAGAGAAUGAAAUCGAGGAAGACGAUUCAUCUGAGGAACUCAAGGAAAAAGAGAUUGUAUAG